AGCCGGGGGCGGGGUCGUCUGGGGAUGAAGUGGGGGCGCUGGGCUCUCCUGCCUCGUUUACAGCAGCCGGGUGCUAGUGAGAGCAUUCUCCUGCCUCCGAACGGCGGGCAGACCUCUGACCCUGGAGUCUUUCGGUUGCCCGGAGCCGUCCCCUUGGGUGGUCUCCUGGGCCGGCCGCCGUUCCCCGGCCCCAAGGGGCCCGGCCGGCCGCGGCGAAGGAAGAGGUCAGCAUGAGCUGGGGGGUCCAGCGGGCCGGCGCAGGGCAGGGGGCGGCGGCCGCAGUGCAGCUGCUGGUCACCCUGAGCUUCCUCCCGAGAGUCGUCGAGGCCCAGGUCACCGGAGUCCUGGAUGAUUGCCUGUGUGACAUUGACAGCAUCGAUAACUUUAACACCUUCAAAAUCUUCCCCAAAAUAAAAAAGCUGCAAGAACGAGACUAUUUCCGUUAUUACAAGGUUAACCUGAAGCGACCCUGUCCUUUCUGGGCAGAAGAUGGGCAUUGUUCAAUAAAAGACUGUCAUGUGGAGCCUUGUCCAGAGAGUAAGAUUCCAGUCGGAAUUAAAGCUGGGAGUUCUAAUAAGUACUUGAAAGUGGCAAACAAUACCAAAGAAUUAGAAGAUUGUGAGCAAGCUAGUAAACUGGGAGCAAUUAACAGCACAUUAAGUAAUCAAAGCAAAGAAGCUUUCAUUGACUGGGCAAGAUACGAUGAUUCACAGGAUCACUUUUGUGAACUUGAUGAUGAGAGAUCGCCAGCUGCUCAGUAUGUAGACCUGUUGCUGAACCCAGAGCGUUACACUGGCUACAAAGGGUCCUCUGCGUGGAGAGUGUGGAACAGCAUCUAUGAAGAAAACUGUUUCAAGCCUCGAUCUGUUUAUCGUCCUUUAAAUCCUCUGGCACCCAGCCGAGGAGAAGAUAAUGGAGAAUCAUUCUACACAUGGCUAGAAGGUUUGUGUCUGGAGAAAAGAGUCUUCUAUAAGCUUAUAUCAGGACUUCACGCUAGUAUCAAUUUACAUCUCUGCGCAAAUUAUCUUUUGAAAGAAACCUGGGGUAAACCUAGCUGGGGACCUAAUAUGAAAGAAUUUAAGCGCCGCUUUGACCCUGUGGAAACCAAGGGAGAAGGUCCAAGGAGGCUAAAGAAUCUGUACUUUUUAUAUUUAAUUGAACUGCGAGCUUUGUCAAAGGUGGCCCCAUAUUUUGAGCGCUCAAUUGUCGACCUUUACACUGGAAAUGUAGAAGAAGACGCUGACACAAAAACCCUUCUCCUGAAUAUCUUUCAAGAUACAAAGUCCUUCCCCAUGCACUUUGAUGAGAAAUCCAUGUUUGCAGGUGACAAAAAGGGGGCCAAAUCUUUAAAGGAGGAAUUCCGGCUACAUUUCAAGAAUAUCUCCCGUAUAAUGGACUGUGUUGGAUGUGACAAGUGCAGAUUAUGGGGGAAAUUACAGACUCAGGGUUUAGGAACUGCCCUGAAGAUACUAUUCUCUGAAAAAGAAAUCCAAAAGCUUCCAGAGAACAGCCCAUCUAAAGGCUUCCAACUCACUCGGCAGGAGAUAGUUGCUCUUUUAAAUGCUUUUGGAAGGCUUUCUACAAGUAUAAGAGAGUUACAGAAUUUCAAAGUCUUAUUACAACACAGUAGGUGCCAUUGUAUAUAAGAAAGGACAGCUAUUUUGAUCUCCAUCAGCAUUGCCUUCAUCUGGAAAUCUGAGAACAGUUCACAGUAAACCUCUCAGCAGUUUGAAGUACCUGCAGAAACCAUAGCUAUUCACCAAAAUACACAGACUGGGUGCACGGUAUCAUGGAAAUUAAUUUGGUAAAACAAACAACACACACACAAAUUUGUGUACUCUGUUUUCAGUAACAUCUACAGGUACAGCUUUGACUUUGAACAGAAUUACAAGUAAUUCGCUGUUGUACCCACCAGAUUAUAGAAAAUGUGAAUUAAAGUAAAUGUUUCUGCAA